AGGUUGCACCCUGGACAUGGCCUCAGAGACCCACAUGCCGGCCCCAGUGUGUCUCAUUGAGAACACUAAUGGGAAACUAGCAGUUAAUCCGGAAGCUUUGAAAAUCCUGUCUGCCAUUACCCAGCCUCUUGUCGUGGUGGCCAUUGUGGGCCUCUACCGCACAGGUAAAUCUUACCUGAUGAACAAGCUGGCUGGGAAGAGCAAGGGCUUCUCUAUUGGCUCCACGGUGCAGUCUCACACCAAGGGAAUCUGGAUGUGGUGUGUGCCUCAUCCUGAGAAGGCAGACCACACCCUCGUUCUGCUUGACACUGAGGGACUCGAAGAUGUAGAGAAGGGUGACAAGAACAAUGAUACUCAGAUCUUUGCACUGGCAAUACUACUGAGUAGUACCUUUGUUUACAAUACCAUGAACAAAAUUGACCAGACGGCUAUCGACCUAUUGCAUUUUGUAACAGAACUGUCAAAUCUGCUGAGAACGCUAUCCUCACCUGAUCUUAACAGAGUUGAAGAUGAAGCUGACUUGGUGAGCUUCUAUCCAGACUUAGUGUGGACUCUGAGAGAUUUCUACCUAUCUCUGGAAGCAGAUGGACAAAGCAUCACAGCAGAUGAGUACCUGGAGAAUUCACUGAAGCUGAAGCCAGACACUCAUCAAAAUCAUCAAAAUUUCAAUUUGCCCCGUUGUUGUAUACAGAAAUUCUUUCCAAUAAAGAAAUGCUUCAUCUUUGACUCUCCCACUCACCGGAAGAAGCUUGCCCAGCUUGAGACACUACACGAUGAUGAACUGGAUCCUGAUUUUGUGCAACAAGUGGCAGAUUUCUGUUACUACAUCUUUCGCCAUUCCAAGACUAAAACUCUUUCAGGAGGCAUCAAGGCCAAUGGGCCUGAACUAGAAAGCCUGGUGCUGACCUUCGUCAGUGCCAUCACCAGCGCAAAUCUGCCCUGCCUGGAGAACUCAGUGCUGGCCUUGGCCCAAAUCAAGAACUCAGCCGCAGUGCAAAAGGCCAUUGCCCACUAUGACAAGCAGAUGGCCCAGAAGGUGCAGCUGCCCACAGAAACCCUCCAGGAGCUGCUGGACCUGCACAGGGCUAGUGAGAAAGAGGCCAUUGAAAUCUUCAUGAAGAAUUCCUUCAAGGAUGUGGACCAAAAGUUCCAGAAGGAAUUAGGGACCCUGCUGAAAGCCAAACAGGAUGACUUUUGUAAACAGAACUUGGAGGCAUCAUCAGACCGUUGCUCAGCUUUACUUCAGAAUAUUUUUGGUUCUCUAGAAGAAGAUGUGAAGCAGGGGAUUUAUUCAAAGCCAGGGGGGCAUUGUCUCUUCAUGCAGAAGACAGAAGAGCUGAAGGCAAAGUACUAUCAGGAGCCCAGGAAAGGAAUACAGGCUGAAGAAGCUCUGCAAAAAUAUUUACAGUCCAAGAAGUCUAUGAGUGAUGCCAUUCUGCAGACAGACAAGACUCUCACAGCGAGGGCAAAGGAAAUGGAAGAAACACGUUUGAGAGUGAGGGCUGCAGAGGCUGAAGCACAAAGGUUGGAGAAGAUUCGAAGGGAGCAGCAGCAAAUGAUAGAGCAGAGGGAGAGACAGUAUCAGGAGCAACUGAGACAAAUGGAGAUGGAAAGAACCCGCCGUCUGGCUGAGGAACAGAGGGCUUUGGAAAGGAAACUCCAGGAAGAGACUGCAAAGCACCAGGAGAGAGUCGAGGCUGAAAUGAGACAACUUCAGAACCAACUCCAGCAGCAGCAGUACAAUGCCAGCUCACCAGACUGUAUCUUACUCUAAAGCUAAAUAUCAGAACUCCUUUUCAUGUUUACCACCACUGAGGACAGGAAACAAGACACUAUAAAACUUGGGACAAUUCCCGUUUGAAUCAAUUUUAUAAUAAUUAUGUCAAACUUUUAUAUUUCUAUAAAGUUAUGGUGCUAAUAAUUGGUAAAAUACAUAUUUCAAUAGUUUAAAUAAUGGUUACUUCCUUAAAAAGGUUAUGAAUUAAUUGUAUAAUAAGGGACAUAUUUGAUCACUGCAUUUGUUUGGUAGAGAUAUUGGGCUAGUUGUCUGAGAGAAAACUUUCUCUUAUAUCCCAACGCCACCCCUCUCAUUUUC